UGUACCUAGUACUCUUCUUGCGAACUGUUUAGUUUAAAGUAUCUUUCAAUGCCUCCGUUGUAAGGACAUUGUCACGUUUAAUAGUUAUCUAUGUAUUGCCCAUAAUAUAACACGAACUUCCGCUUUGCAGCUAGCUAGCUAAAUUGUUCACUAGAACGUAUACAGCCUUCGUCAGAUUUGACUUUUCGUAGCAGGUUAGGAUAAUUAACGUAUUAGGUUAGGAUAAUUGUUAAGGUUAUGAAAAUGUUUGGGGUUAUAGUUUGCUAAAAUGCAAUACAGUAUAAACUUUUAACGUUCAUUUGACAAUCUGUAUCCCUUCUAGCCAUGACUGCUAGCUAACACAAGGGCAAAAUGACAUUUUGUGCUCUCCGGUGGUUUGCACUGCAUUAGUUCGCAAAAUGCUGACCUUUUGAAUGGAUUUUCUUAAUGUAUGGCUAGGUCGUGGUAUGCGUAGUUCGCAUAUGCUGUGUGCAGUCGCUGGUUUGAUAACCACCAGCAAGCCAAGGUUACUUUAAUUUUUUUUCUUCUAUCUUUUAUUUAAGUCAGUUUAGAACAAAUUCUUAUUUUCAAUGACGACCUGGGUUAACUGCCUUGUUCAGGGGCAGAACGACAGAUGUUUACCUUGUCAGCUCUGGGAUUGUCAGCUCUGGGAUUCGAUCUAGCAACCUUUCGGUUACUUGUCCAACGCUCUAACCACUACAUCUAACCACUAACCACUACCUGCCGCCCCACAAUUAGCAAGCUAACAUACAAAUGAAUGGGACAUUCCAUGGAAACCAUCUUGCGAUCCAUCUUACUAUGGUUUGAACUGCCUAUUGAAUCCUGGAACAGAGCCAUGGCUUUAAAGGUGAUCAAGAGGCUUCAACUUCUCAGGCAGACAGGGGCACACCUCUGUCCUCCAGGCGAGCUGAGUCGCACCAGACUCCUGAGUAUUCCGAUAGGGGAGCCCAUGUGUGUGGCGUGUCUAUGGACCUCAGCGGACCGUUGUAUCCAGAGGCAGGGCUGUCGGAAACUCAGUCAGCCAGACUGUGGGAGGAUGAGUUUGUCCACCAUUACCAAGGACCCUUUCUACACCACUGGGUCAGUCAGCCUCCACAAAGACUCAGUCCCCAGGUUCCGUCUGAGUCAGCUGCACCGGCCCACUGAUGCAGAGGAGAAGGCCUUCCAUGACCGCCUGGUUAGCUGCUCUUCCUCCAGACAGGUGCUGAGACUCCUCCGCACGGUGGAGAUUAUGUCUGACACCAUGGCAGCUGCAGCCCUGCACCGCGUGGCUGACAUAGAGCAGGAUGGCAUCUCCCUGAAGGACCCCAAAGUGCUGGAAGAGGACACUCUCAGGGCCCUGUGCUGCCAGCUGGAGCGGGACUCUGGGCGUCUGACGGAGGCCGGGUUGGUUUCUGCCCUGCUGGCCUGCACACGCCUCUAUGUGGAUCCCUGGAGCACGCUUGUGGUUCGGCUGGUGUCAGAGAGCCAGGAGCGGCUGGACAGGGGCCAGAUGAGCGUGGGCCAGCUGUGCACCCUGGGCCAGGCCCUGCUGGCCCUGGAGGGCCCUGGCUGUGGGAUGCUGGAGCAGCUGAUUGUGCAGUUACAGAGGCAGGGGCCUGGUCAGUGGAGCCUAGUAGAACUCACUGCAGUAUACAGACUGCUGCAGGCUGGAGUAGGGGAGGAGGGUCGCUACCAGGACCUCCUAAACGCUAUGCACACCUACACUGUGUCAGUCACCUCACGUAUGGACCCCCCUGCUAUCAGCAGCGUGCUUAGUGCUUUGGUGGUCCUGAACCAGACCCAGGCCAUGCCCCUGGUUAUUAGCCUCUGUAAGCAGGCGGUCAGGCACAUACCCAACUUCAGAGACGAGGAGCUGGGUCUAGUGCUCGGGGCGCUCAUGCACUUUGGCCACAGCGACCACUUCUUGGUGGAGGCCAUGGAGAGGCAUGUGCCCAAGAUGACGUUCACGUCCCACCCAGAGACAGUGACCAAGGUGAUGCAGUAUUUUGGGCGUCGGAACAUCCUGUCGCUGCCAGUGUUUGACGCGGUGGCAGAGAGCUUUGUGUACCGGGCAGACGAAUACAGCACCAGCCAAGUGGCCAGGCAGAUCAUGCCGUUCGGGAAGCUGGGCUACCUGCCGCCCAACGCCGGAGAGGUGUUCCGGAAGGUGGAGGCCAUUCUGCACGCACGCUUCUCUCACUUCCAGCCCCGGACACUCCUCAACCUGCUGCACUCCUGCAUCCUGGUAGAACGGUUCCCUGUCAACUUUGUGUCCAAGGUCUUCAACCGCUACUUCCUCCAGCAACUACAAGAGCAAGGCUCAGGGGUUGACCGGAUUGUUCUGGCACAACUGACCCAACUCUACAUGACUGUGAAGCUUGAAUGCCCUUUCUAUGAGGGUCCGAGGCUCCUUCCUAAGUACCGUGUCAAGUCUUUCCUAACUCCUGGUCGGUCUCUGGAGACGCUGGUUGACGGACACCUCUACAACUAUGUGAAAACUGGCCUGGUGGAUCUACUAGGGGCCCGCACCUACUUCGCUUCCAGAGUCCUCACUCCAUACUGCUACACGCUAGAUGUGGAAAUAAAGCUUGACGAGGAAGGAUAUGUAUUGCCUGCCAGUCAAAUCAAUGAUAUCUACAAGAGGAUAGCAGUGUGCAUCGACGGCCACAAGAGGUUCACUGUGAACACAAGACAGCUGCUAGGGAAAGAGGCCAUCAAGCAGCGGCACCUGAGGCUUCUGGGAUACGAAGUUGUUCAGAUUCCUUACUAUGAAUUUGAAAAUCUUUGGAACAAGACUGAGGUUGUUGAAUACCUUCACAAGAAGAUCUUCCCACUCAGCUAUAGGCUCAGUUGGUGAUGACCGUCUCAAACAAGGGCUUUGUUGCUGUGGUUGUCAUAAAACUAUACAGUUUGGGCACUGUGUUUUUGUAAGGGUCUGUAUCAGGGCUCUCCAAACCUGAUCCUGGAGAGCUACCCUCCUGUAGGUUUUCACUUCAACCCCAGUUGUAACUUACCUGAUUCAGCUUAUUAACAAGCUAAUUAUUAGAAUCAGUGAAAACCUAGAGGACAGUAGUUCUCUAGGAACAGGUUUGGAGAGCCCUUGUCUAAAUGCUCCAUUUUCCAACAUUUGUACACAGAGAAAGCAUAUCAUUCAACUACAUGAAUACUUUCAGAAAUGUAUUUAUUGCAUUUGAGCAAUUGUAAUUCUACACGCUACUAGUGUUCUAUUGUAUAAUUAAAUGUCUUAUUUA